AGCCAGCCAUGAAAUCCUAGUCUUCGUAGAUUUGCCUAAAUUAAAUGAAAAAAUUAGUAAGACUCCCAACGCGACUGUAAUUUCUUAAUUAAAAGGAAAAUGGCAGUAUCUUAAAAUGAGGUUCCAAAGAAAAAAAAUCAUGAUCCGUCAUGUGAUCCUUCGGGCUGAUGCCCCAGUAGUCAAAAGCUAAGUACAGCCCCCAACAGGUGUUAAUACGAUGAAUAUGUUUCACAAGCGGUACCCUGAAAAGAGUUGCGUUGGAAUGGUCGCAACGAUCGUGUGAGCGAUAGAACGGAUUUUUUCCUAACUGCAAAAACACCUUUAGGGGCGCAUGUGAUAGCGCAUAGGAAGCACAAGCAGUAUUAAUGUGUUGAGGAAAAAAUUUGUAUGCUUUAGAGAGAGGGCAUCGGAAUAGUGUGACGACAAAGUACCUCCGGUUAAAAAUGUCGAAGAUAUCUUUACACAGUGUAAAUGAAGAGAUCUUUCCGGAUCGAACUUCGUCAUCUGCAAAAGCUUCCAGUGUCCCAACAAAGGCGUCUACUCCUAUUAAAAGACCGUUCACUGGGACGGUAAACACCAAGACGGAGAUUCGACGCUUUUCAUUGGCUUCUGACAAAAUUCUGAGCGGACUGUAUUCCCAAAGAAGCUCUUUUAUUUCGAAGUCCCAGUUAUCACUACUUGAUAGGGCCAAACAAAGAGAUGAAUCUCGAAAAAUUACACUACCAGUGGAGGAAAGGGUUCCAGUGCGAGUGGCAAUUCGGGUGAGGCCUUUCGUUGUGUUUAGGAGUCUAACGGGCGGUUAUCUGCGCAAACCAGCCAUAUGUGUCAGUAUGGAUGCACACGAAGUCCGAUUGCUAAAUUCAGAUCAUUCACCUAGUAGGAUGCAAAGAUUUCCCUUCGAAAGAUGUUACUGGUCUCAUGAUGGAUUCGUCCGGCUAGACAACGGGUACUUAUCGGCGGACAGUGAUCACGAGAGAGGUCAGCAGUACGCAACCCAAGGCAUAAUACACAUUCAGAUUGGUCAAGAAAUCGUGAAAUGUCUUUGGGAUGGUUUGGACUCAACUAUAAUAGCCUAUGGCGAGUCAGGGUCGGGAAAAAGUUAUACAUUGUUUGGAACAGCCGAAAACAAGGGUUUAGCACUUCGAAUAUACGAUGAUCUUUUUUACCAGUCGGAAAAACGACGUAUCACAGACAAGGAUCUUCUGUGGGUUGAGGUAACCUUCAGCGUAUUUGAAAUUUUCGACGAACAGGCUAUUGAUUUGUUAGCCGAGAAAAUCAAACCACUUAAUUUUUACAAGUGCCCGAAAACCGGAUAUUUUAUUCAGGAGCUGGUUGAAUAUAGCAUUGCAACAUAUAAAGAACUCGCUGCGAUUAUUGAAAGGGCUUUGGUAAAUCGAGCAGUUCACGCUACAUCUACUAGAAGGGAGACAAAAUACGGUAACCUCGUUCUCAGGCUACGGUUGGACCAAAGACGAAAAAUGCACAAUAAAGAACUUUGCAGAUCUUCAACUAUUACUAUCAUUGAAGCAGCUGGAAGUGAAUUGGCUACAUUAGCUGAAGAUCCUGACUCUAAUGACCAAUGGGCUCUAGCAGCCAAGCAAUUCAAUGAAUCCCUCUUAGCGCUGGAGGGAUGCCUGCGAGCUUGGGCGGCUCAAAGUGAAAAAAAUGAGGCCACAACAGUCUCAGAAGAGGAAAACCAAAAUACACAGAUUACAGGAGUUUCUAAGCCGUCUAAAGCUCGGGUACCUUUUGAAGAUUCUGUCCUAACCAAACUCCUGCAGAAAGCACUUGGGCUCAAUGCGUAUGUAUAUAUGAUCGCGACAAUAGCUCCGGAAGACACAAGCUACCGUACGACGUUAAGGACACUACAAUUCGCAGAAGUAGCAAAGGUCGGAGUAGUUACGGUGAAACGGAACGAGAUUUUUUUUAAUGAUCUUCAGAAGGAUCUCAAAACGGACAUCGAAGCAUCGAAGAAAAAACUCGAGUCUCUGCAAAAAGAGGAGCGAAGCGACGACGUCAAAAAGUCAGUUGAAGUAACAAAGGCUCUAAUAAAGGAGUACGAGAAAAGAAUGGCACGUCUUAAGGAGCCGCUAAACGAAAGGAUGCAAGCUACUGAAUUGUUUAUCCAAUCGAUUACUAGCACGUUUGGUGAAGAGGGCGAUAAAAAGAGACUUCCACACUUGUCCAACCUUUCAAUGGAUCCGAUGGCCUCGGAUCGAAUCCUUCAUUUCGUUUUCAACGGCGACGUGACAGUAGGCAAUGACAAAGAUAAUACGGCUGUGUUGGUCGGUCCCGGGAUCGAACCUAUUCAUGCAGUUUUAAGUCGAGCCCCAUCAGGAAACAUUCAAAUCGAGCCAGUGUCGCGUACCGCAAAAUUGUUAAUCAACGGACACACAAUCAGCAAACGCACAGAGCUGAAGAACAACGAUCGAAUACUAUUUGGCAGCCGUCACGUUUAUGUAUACCGCAACCCGAAAGAGGAGCCUCGAACUGUUCAUUUCGCCGAUGAACCAGAUAUAAACUACUGGAGCGCAUUCGAGGAAAUCAUUUCCAACAAUGGAAUCGUUUUCUCUACAGACAACACACUUGAGGCUGGUGUUCUGAAUCGACGCAUGUUAGAGGUUUUGCCUCAGAUUGGCGAGGCCAACGUUAUGGCCGAAGAGCUGGAGAAAGACGUCAAGUACGAUGUACAACUAGUUACACCGGAAAUGCAAGGGAGACUUGAUGGACAGACAGAGAUAUUUGUGUCAGUGUUCCACACACGUUAUAAUCAACGGUUCGAAUGGACUCUACGGACCUUUGAAAUGCGUUUGUUAGCGAUGCGGAAACUUUACCGUCGAGGGGAACAAGGUCAAAAUAUUGAUGUUCCCGAAUGUGCAGAUCCAUUUUUUGAGAAUACUGACGCUGACGUGCGGAUAGGUACCGCACGUCUGUAUCUGCAACCACUGAUGUACUUUGUGCGAGUCCGCGAAAAUCUUGAAGUUGUCAACUUUCGUGGAGAGCCUGUCGGUUUCGUAGAGACCGAGCUGGUGCCAUGCAAUGACUACGGGGAUGAAUACACCGAAGAGGACAACGUCUUUAUUGACAACCCGUCCGAGUUGGUCGGCAAGAACCUGUCGUUUCUCGUCAAAAUACAUUGUUGUAAAAAUCUACCGAAAGGAUACACAGCGAUCUACUGUUGCUACGCGCUGUUUCCCGGAGAUGAACGGGUAUCGACCGAGCGAGUGUCUGGUAGCACCGACCCGGAAUUCGGCCACGAGAGAUUUUUUUCUUUUAAACCGGCUAAUGAAUCGUUGCUUGCGCAGUUGGCCGACUCGUACGCAGCUGUCCAUGUUAUGGGACGCCAGGCUACAGUUGAAUUGGCUGUAAUUCGAGCUAAUAAAGAGCAGAUAGCGCGUCAGAAAAUGCAAAACGAUCUCAUGCAGCAAACGAACGCACUCAUGGAAGGAUUUCGCAUAAAUGGUCGGGAGGUGGACCCUACAAAACAGAGUGUAAUUGUAGAACUUCUUCUUAUGAAGAAACAGCAAGCAAGACAAAGUCAGAAGAUCGAGAACUUGCGUCGGCUGGUUCAGUCAGCAGAACAACAUCGCCAUAAGCGAGUUCCAACGUCAGCGAUUCGUGACCUUCUCCUUGUGUCGUCAGCGGAAGCAGCUGAAGAAGUCAUCUCAAAGCUUGAUGUAUACGAAUCGGAGUUGUCAAAGGCGUCCUCCCUAUGCUCGAUCCAGUAGUAAUACUACCUAAUAGAAUGCGUAUUUCUCUCGUAGCACAUCUCUAAUCACGGUAGAGUCAGCAGCUUAAAUAAAUGAGAUGCUGUUCUUAUUCUGAAAGAUGAAUGGUCG